GUUUGCUUGCUUGCUUGCUUGCAAACCGGGGUUAACCGGGGUUUAUUUACGAAGUGGGAGUAUCCGGAGCCGGAAACCCUCGUCUUCCCGGCCUCACUUCUCCAUUGCUUUUCCUUCGCCCAACACCCUCCCUGCCACGCUGCAGUCUUUUUUGACUUUGGAGCCAUGCAAUUCCUGACAGCCGUGGCCGCCCUGGUCACCAUGGCGGCCAACACUGUUGCUGCCGCCUCGACCUUCAAGCCUGCCAGACCCCCUGCGGUACCCCUUGCCGUGAGAUCGCCGUAUUUGAAUGCCUGGCUUCAAGGGGGGUCCUCUGGCGCAAUCCUCCCGGGCUCCUGGCCGCGGCACUGGACGGGAAAUAUCCUGGGCUGGCAGGGCUUGGUGGCGGUUGAUGGGGUCACCUACAACUGGCUGGGCGCGGCGCCGGGCCCGGCACCGGUGAACCAGGUGUCACUCGAGUACACCUCGACGAAGAGCAUCUUCACCUUCGACGUUUCCGGAAAGGUUACCAUGACAGUAACCUUCCUAUCGCCUGUCUAUCCCGACGACUUGGCGAGGCAAUCUCUGCAGUUCUCGUAUAUUUCCGUGAAGGCGAGAUCCUCCGACGGGGCGUCACACAGUGUCCAGGUUUAUAUGGAUGUGUCUGGAGAAUGGGCUAGCGGGGACGUUUCCCAGAUCGUCGAGUGGAAUUCCAGCCAAGCAGGCGAUAUCGUCUACCACAAGUUCUCGCGGCAAACGCAAGAGCAAUUCAAGGAGAACUCAGAGAUCGCCAGCUGGGGUGACUGGUAUCUGGCCACCCGUUCGGACAGCGGUUUGACCUGGCAGAUUGGCGCCGACACGGCGGUGCGAGGCCAAUUUAAAAACAGCAGGAUUCUUGCCAACUCAAAGGAGGCGAACUUCAGAGCCGUGAAUGAUCAAUGGCCAGUAUUCGCAUUCUCCCACGACCUCGGAAAUGUGAGCCAAAACGAUGUGGAGAGGGUGUUCACCCUCGGCCUCAUCCAGGAUCAAGUCAUCAACUUUGCCGGCCUGAGCGGCCAGUUGGGGCCGGUGCCGGGCCUGUGGAGAUCCUACUACCAAGACGACACUUCGGCCGUUACGUCUUUCUACAACGACUAUCCACACGCACUCGAAACAUCCUCAGCCCUCGAUGAGAGGAUCCAGACGGACUCGGAGAAUGCUGCAGGAAAGGACUACGCCGUCGUUACCACACUCGCCGUUCGCCAGACCUUCGGCGCGCUUCAGUACGCCGGUACGCCGUCGAAGCCGUACAUCUUCCUCAAGGAGAUCAGCUCGAACAGUGACAUACAGACCGUCGAUGUCAUCUUCCCCGCGUACCCGAUUUUCAUGUAUCUCAAUGCAACCCUCGGCAAAUAUCUGCUUGAUCCGCUGUAUGAGAACCAGGAAAGCGGAGCGUAUCCGAACGCUUACGCUGAACACGACCUCGGAACCUUCCCCGUAGCCAGGGGCUACCCGGAGGGGAAUGACGAGCCUAUGCCCCUGGAGGAGUGCGGAAACAUGAUCAUCAUGACGCUGGCCUAUGCGCAGCGCGCUAGAGACACGGCAUACCUGUCUGCCCACUAUCCUAAGCUAGCCGGGUGGGCGCAGUUUUUGGUGGAGGAGUCGCUGAUCCCGGCGAGCCAGCUCAGUACCGAUGACUUUGCGGGAACCUUGGCCAACCAGACAAACUUGGCCAUCAAAGGAAUCAUCGCUCUCAAAGCCAUGUCCCAUAUCGCACAGCUUACCCACAAUAAUGAUACCUUCUGCGAAGUCGCGGAUAGAUAUCUGGAGGGCUGGAAAGAGUUGGGCAUCAACUCGCAAGCGAACCCGCCUCACACGACGCUGAGCUAUGGGGACAACGACAGCCAUGGCCUCCUCUACAACAUCUACGCCGACAAACUCCUCAAUCUCAACUUCGUGGACCAGUCCAUCUUCGACAUGCAGAGCAACUUCUACCCGACCGUGGCCAGCGAGUAUGGCGUGCCCCUCGACACGCGGCACACCUGGACCAAGUCGGACUGGGAGAUGUUUGCGGCGGCCGUCGCCAGCGAGUCGACGCGGGACAUGUUCAUCUCCAAGCUGGCCAACUGGGUCGGCACGACGUCGACGGACCGGGCCAUGACCGACCUGUACGACGCCGUCACGGGCGCAUAUCCAGCUAAUGGGCCGACGUUCGUGGCGAGGCCCGUCAUGGGAGGGAUGUUUGCCUUGCUGGCUCUGCGCCACUGAUUUCGGACGGAUGAACCGGUUAUUGCGCUGCUUUGCAGUACCCGUAGUAGGCUGAACAUCGCCUGCGCCACGUGGAUGAGGAUGCGGUUUGCACUGCUUUGAUAAACUUUGGACGGGGAGGCUGGCUGCACGCCGAGUCUGGAGCGUCUAUCUAAUAAUAAGUCUCCUGAGUUGCUCUUACUAGCCAGAUACUUUAAUCGACGUAAUAAAAAAACUUGACUGGGCAGACCCCAUGUCGCUGUGACUGUGAGUACAUCGUUGGAGUGCUUUGGUCGGUUUGGAUACCACCUAAUUGACAUUCACCUGCCAAUUACCUGACACUGGCAGUGUUCCGGACGUUCCACAAAGCUGCUGUUGAAUAUAUGCGGUCAAAGACGGUACUUGACUUCAAGCUUAAUAACCUAGGUACCUAGGUGCGUGACCUACGGUAGCC